AUGACGGAUGACUCGGGUGACGAGGAGCCCGCCUCGCAGUCAGACAAGAGCGAGCUGCACGGCCCCCUGAAGACUCUGUCGAGUAAACUGGAGGACCUGAGCACCUGCAAUGACCUGAUCGCCAAGCACGGCGCGGCCCUGCAGCGCUCGCUCAGCGAGCUGGAGAACCUGCGCCUGCCGGCCGAGAGCGGCGAGAAGAUCAAGGCGGUGAACGAGCGCGCCACGCUCUUCCGCAUCACCUCCAAUGCUAUGAUCAACGCCUGCCGCGAUUUCCUGGACUUGGCCGAGAGCCACAGCCGGAAAUGGCAGCGGCUGCUGCAGCAUGAGCGGGAGCAGCGGAUCCGGCUGGAGGAGACCAUCGAGCAGUUAGCCAAGCAGCACAACAGCUUGGAGCGUGCCUGCCGCGGCGCCCCCGGCCUGGCCGCGCCCACCACCAGCAUCUCCAGCACCGCCAAGGGGAGUGUGCAGCCUGCAAAGGGAGAGGCCAGUGAUGAAGAUGAGGAGACGGAGUAUUUCGAUGCCAUGGAGGAUGCACCAGCUUUUAUCACUGUAACUGCUGACCCCAAACACCACAGGUACAACCCUCCAGCCCCACUGGGAGCGCUGGGAGAGUGGGGAGGGCAGGUUUGCCUGGCAUCUGGCUCAGGCCCGAGGGCAGCAUCCCCUCCCACGGGAUCACUCUGUGGGCAAAAAAGGAGACGGACUCGCAUUCCCGACAAACCCAACUACAGCCUUAACCUCUGGAGCAUCAUGAAGAACUGCAUUGGCAAAGAGCUCUCCAAGAUCCCUAUGCCUGUGAACUUCAACGAGCCUCUGUCGAUGCUGCAGCGGCUCACGGAGGACCUGGAGUACCAUGAGCUGCUGGACAAGGCGGUCAAGUGCGAGAGCUCCACGGAGCAGAUGUGCUUCGUCGCCGCCUUCUCCGUGUCCUCCUACUCCACCACUGUCCACCGCACAGCCAAGCCCUUCAACCCCCUGCUGGGGGAGACCUACGAGCUCGACCGGCUGGAGGAGCUCGGCUUCCGCUCCCUCUGCGAGCAGGUGAGCCACCACCCCCCGGCAGCCGCCCACCACGUGUACUCCCGGCGAGGGUGGACGUUGUGGCAGGAGAUCACCAUCGCCAGCAAGUUCAGGGGCAAAUACCUCUCCAUCAUGCCACUGGGUGCCAUCCACCUUGAGUUCCACUCCAGUGGGAAUCACUAUGUGUGGAGGAAAGUCACCUCCACCGUGCACAACAUCAUCGUGGGCAAGCUCUGGAUUGACCAGUCUGGUGAAAUAGAGAUUGUUAACCAUAAGUCCAAAGAUAAAUGCCAGCUGAAAUUUACCCCCUACAGCUACUUCUCCAGGGAUGUGCCCCGAAAGGUGACAGGGGUGGUGAGUGAUGCCGAUGGCAAAGCCCACUACGUCAUGUCUGGCACGUGGGAUGAGAAGAUGGAGUGCUCCAAGAUCCUGCACAGCAGCCACGGCAGCAGCAGCACGGAGGGCAAGCAGAAAACCGUGUACCAGACCCUGUCCCCAAAGGUCCUGUGGAGGAAGUACCCACUCCCGGAGAACGCGGAGAACAUGUACUUCUUCUCGGAGCUGGCGCUGACGCUGAACGAGCCCGAGGAGCGCGUGGCUCCCACGGACAGUCGGCUGCGCCCCGACCAGCGGCUCAUGGAGAGCGGCCGCUGGGACGAGGCCAACGUGGAGAAGCAGCGGCUGGAGGAGAAGCAGCGGGCCGUGCGCCGCAGGAGGGAGGCCGAGGCCGUGGAGGCCCUGGAGGAAGGGAAGGACUACGAGGGGUACAUCCCGCUGUGGUUCGAGCGGAAGGUGGACGCCGUGACCGGGGAGCUCAUCUGCGUCUACAAGGGCGGCUACUGGGAGGCCAAGGAAAAGCAGGACUGGAGCGUGUGCCCCGACAUCUUCUGAGCCCCUGCCCACGCUGGGGCCGCCCCGCAGGACACCGGGACAGCCUGGGCACAGCCCAGGGACAGCCCAGGGACAGCCCAGGGACAGCCCAGGGACAGCCCAGGGACAACCCGGACACCCCGCCGGCACCUCCCAGGGCAACCCCCGAGCCAACACAUGCAGAGGUCGAAACAGGGAUUCCAAACCUAUUUUUUUACGCACUAAUAAAUAGCAUCCUUUUUUUUUGGUUUUUUUUUUUUUUAAUGAUGGCUUUUUCAGCAACUAAUUGGGAACGAAGGACACGUGGAGCCGGGUUGGGUUUGGGAUAUUCACUGCCUGUAUCCCUCAGUGCCUCGGCUCCAUCGGCCGAGACGUCGACUUCCAAAGAUGCCCGGGGUGUGGGAAUGCCGUGCGCUUGUGUGAGCUCUUCUCUUUGCCAUGUUUUUUUUCCCCUUCCAUUAUUUCUGUGUGGACUUGAUGGAAUUAUUUUUUUAAAAAAAAGAAUCUGCUCCUGAUUCAGGUUCCUUCAAAGACGGACACGAACAACCCUGAAUCCUGCUCGGAAAACUGUCCCCAGGGGCCGUGGCGCUUGAUCCCGGAGGCUCUUGGUGGUUCCUGCAGUGCCCAGUUGUCCCAGUAACACCAAUUAGGAUAUUUCAGCUGGUGACUUCGGUUUUUUGACCUGUUUUUUUGGGUUUUUUUUCAAGAGCCUUUGAGCCGCUUCCCCACCGUCUGAUGUGUUCAGUCAAGGCUUGGGACUGUCUUUGAUGUGAUGCUCUGUGGGAGUGGUUUGAGUGAGGUUUGGUUUGGUUUUCCUGCAGCCACAUCGGAGGGGGAAUGGCCUUGCCGAGGUCUGGAACGCCAGGCAGACCCAGUGCAGAGGUUGUAUCCCAGCGAUGCUCCAGGGUCCGUGUCCCUGCCCCGUAUCCCGGCAUCCAGGGCCUGGCAGGAGCCUGGACCUCAGUGCCGGGUUUUCCAGCUGCAUCCCCCUGCUGAGCUGGGUGGGAGAGGAGGAAAGAGAUGCCGUGGUGCCGCCGGGAUGGAACCUUGGGCCUGGAUCUCCUACCCCUGUGUCUUCCCCAUCCAGCCAGACAGGUCUGGCCACAGUCCCCUGGCAUGGGAUGAGUCCAGAGGGUCCCAGCGCCCGGCUCCUGGAUCCCUUCCCUCUGGUCCCUCAUGGCUGGGCUUUCCUUGGAGCAGCUUCAGGUCACUGGGGCUGAGGGAACCCCUCGUCCCCUCUCACCCCUCCUGUGUGCCACGGCCUUCCCGUGGCCCUGGACCCGCCGGGAGAGGCGGAGUGAGCGCUGCUGGUGAUCGGCCCCGGAGCACCGAAGGGGAGCAGGGCUGGCAGCCCCUGAAAGGUGGGAUCCCCUGGGCCAGAGAAUAUCAGGGAGAGCUGGACACCUGCACUUGCCCCGCUGGAUGUCAUCUUUGGUGUCCUGUUCUCCGGCUCCUCACCAUAUCACACCGGCGCUGCCUCCCGGCACAUCCCCGUCAGAGGGUAAUUAGCAAUAACGAACUUCGAGGCAACGAUAACUGGAAUAUCCAGGCUGCACAUGGGACACUUAUGCAAUCAGGUUCCUCAUCCAUCAGUCUCCUGGUCAGCUUCCAGCACCUCCAUCCCCGUUCUCCCCCACAUGUACAGUCCCUCCAGCCCUGUACGGCGUCACCGUGGGGAGGAACAGCCCCCACUGCUCUCAAGGGACCCUUUCAUCUUAUUUAUUUGCUUCUAAUUUAUACAUAUAUAUAAAUAUAUAUAAAAUUAUUUUGCUUAAAUUUCUAUGGUACACAAUAGAUGAAAAAUGAUGAAGACAGAAGUGUCUGUCUGAGUUUUUGCAGCACGAGUACGAUCCCCCUCGGCUCGUCCCUGAGGUCGGGGGAUGGUGAUGGAGUGAUUCCCAAAGCAGGGAAGUUGUGUUUUGCUCCAGAGAUGGAUGCAGUAGCAUUGAAAAGGUUUUCCAGAGACAUUCCCCUCUGGAAACUAUGUGUUUGGGGUUUGAGGGGCGGCACUCGGGAUCCCUGGAAGUGGGAUGCUCCAAGCUGCUUCCCAGGCCCUGGGUGUCACAGCCACUGCUCCGGCGUGUUCACUCCUUCCAGACCCUUCCUGGAGCUUUGCCCUGGCUCGGGAAAGCCGAUGCAGGUCUUAAAUGGUCCAGACUUCAUUAGAUGUGGGAUUCGGCCCGUGGAGAGCUGCCGGUGUCCUGGCCCCAGGUGUCCUUCCUGGGAGAGCAGAGGAUGCUCCACACCGAUCCCGAUGCCGCUGGGUUGGUUUGUGGCAGCACCAAAGUGUUCUGGGGGAUUUAUCCCACUUGAGGCCUGAAUUGGGUUUGUAAAAUGGGCUAAAAGUUGAGCUUUUCAGAAUGCCUUACUUUCCUUUUUGCUGUGUCAAUGCAAGUGUCACCUGGGAGCUUGGAGAGGGGAGAAACUCCAGCAGAGGCUGUUCCCAAAGCUGGAUCUGGGUGUUCCUGCAGCAGAGGAGGGGGGGGAGCAGGAUGUUGCCCUGUAAGUGCUGGCUCCAAGGGUCCUGCUCGGCUCUAGGGCCCUGAGAGGUCCUCUCUGAUGUGCCCCCAUGGCCACAUCCAUCUGGGAAUCCCCAUCACAACCCUGCGCAGCUCCAUGGAGCACAGGGGAGCACGAGGAGCACCCCCAACCCAGGAAUCCCUGGAUUUUAGGCUAAUUGAAAAAGUUGCUCCAUCUUCCAGAGUUCAUCUGUCAGCAGCACUUAACCAGAGCACCAUCUCCUGGUCCUUCUGUUCCUCCUGGAGGAUUUUAAUGUCAUUCCACUGUAAAUGCUGUUGAAUGUAUUUUCUUUUUGAACAAUAAUAUAUUGUGAGUGAUCCCUCUUCUCCUUCACGGAAAUAAAACUUGGAUUCGGGAGUUUUAAAA